CCGAACACUUGUCAAAAUGUAACAUUGAGGUUAGGAAAGAAACGAAGACGUAAACAAUUUUCAGAUGAAGGGGCCUCAACUACAAAAUGAGAUAAUAGGUGGAGAGUUACGUAUAAACCAUAGAGAAAAUCUUCAGGUAGUUAAACUAGAAAUAUGUCUACCCUUGUUUAGUGUUUACGAUUAUUGCAGGGUCACGGCAGUUCCUACAAGGUUUGGACAGGGUAAAAAUGCUGAUGCAGCAUUUUUGUUCCCUUAUCUUUCGGAAAUUGUAUCAAUAAUAUUGUAUUGCUGUUGGUGUGGAAGCCAAGUAACGAAUCAGAGUGACGGGAUCUCGUUCGCAAUCUACAGCUCCGACUGGACCAGCUCCGAUGUCUCGUAUAUGAAACUGAUAAGCCUUCAAAUGCUAUUUACAAAGGAUGCAAUGGAGAUGCGUCUAGGAGGUGGCGUCACUACUAUAUCUCUACCUGUUUUUGUCACGAUAAUCAAAACUGCGUAUACAGUCUUCACCAUUCUACAACGAUUCGAAGAUUGAGUGUAGUGUUGUUGCAAAUAAAAUAAAAGUUUAUGUGAAUGGGA